CGCUAGCUAGCUCUACUACACUUCAAAAUUCAAGGCAUCCAAAAUUCUGAUCGAGCAUUUUCUUUGUGUAACGUAACAGUUGUGUACAAUGAGAACUCCAUUACUUCAAUGGCUUUUCUUGAUAUCCUUGCUGCAAAUAAUAAUAUCAGGUGGCUUCAGCGUCCCAAUGGCGGCAGCUCAAUGCAUGAGGGAUCAGAAAAUGUUGUUGCUGCAGUUGCGGAGCAGCCUGAGUUUCGACUCAACAGCUUCAUCCAAGCUUGCGUUCUGGGGCGAGAGCAGAGAUUGUUGUGUUUGGCCUGGGGUGGAAUGUGAUAGCUCAGGUCAUGUGAUCGGCUUGAUUCUCGACAGUGAAGGAAUUACAGAUGGUAUCCAGAAUUCAAGCACUCUGUUCAAUCUUCAAUACCUUGAGAGGCUAAACUUGGCUUCCAACAACUUCAAUUCCAUUCCAAUUCCGGUUCAGAUUUAUAAUCUUACCAACUUGACAUAUCUGAAGUUGUCACAUGCUGGUUUUGGAGGGCAGAUUCCGAAUGGAAUUUCAAGACUCACAAGGUUGGUUACUCUUGACCUCUCGGAAAAUCAAAAACUUAAAAUUGAGAAUCCAGAUUUAAAGCAAUUCUUUGAGAACUCGACUCAACUUAGACAACUUUAUCUUGAUUAUGUUGAUAUUUCUGCCCAAAAGAGUGAAUGGUGUCAGACUUUAUCUUCAUCUCUGCCUAAUUUAAGAGUGUUGAGCUUGAAAUACUGUGGAGUUUCAGGUCCAAUCCAUCCUUCCCUUUCGAAACUUCGUUUCCUUUCUGAUAUCUAUCUGGAUCUAAAUCUUCUGUCCAGUACAGUUCCAAAAUUCUUGGCCAAUUUCUCAAACUUGAAGACUUUAAGCCUCACUAACUGUGAUCUUCAGGGAAAAUUUCCAAGAGAGAUAUUUCAGAUACAAGGUUUACAGGAAUUGAGUUUGACAGAAAAUCCGGAUCUUAGUGGCAGUUUCCCAUCAUUUCCCAAGAAUGGAUCACUUAGAAUGAUUUCAGUAGCUCACACGCAAUUUUCUGGUUCCUUGCCAACAUCCAUUAGUAAUCUUAGAAACUUGUCCAUGAUAGAUCUCUCCGACUGCAAAUUCAGUGGAUCAAUUCCCUCUACAAUGUCACAACUUACAAAUCUUGUUGAUGUGGAUUUCUCAGGUAACAACUUCACUGGCUCAAUUCCACACUUCCGGUACUCAAAGAACCUUACCCACUUAGACUUAUCUCUUAAUGGCCUGACCGGUCCACUUUCUUCUAAGCAUUUUGAAGGCCUUUCAGAUCUUGAGAUUAUAGAUUUAGGGUCAAAUUUUCUCUCUGGCUCUAUAAAUUUAGCAUCUUUGCUUUCACUUCCAUCAUUGCAGAAGCUAGAUCUUUUCAACAAUUCAUUUGAUGGUCAAGUUGAUGAAUAUGUGGAUGUAUCUGUCUCACAAUUGGGAAUACUCGACUUGAGUUCUAACCGUCUAAACGGGUCAGUUCCAGAGUACUUCUUUGAAUUUCCAAUGUUGAGUGUGUUGGUACUUUCUUUCAAUUCCUUCAGUGGAAGGAUACAAUUUGAAAGUCUCCUAAAGCUCACAAAGCUCUCAGCACUUGAGCUUUCUAACAACAAUUUGUCAGUUGACAUAAGUGGAGAUAAUUCAUUAUUUCCCCAGAUUACAACAUUGAAAAUGGCUUCUUGUCGAUUGCAAAAGUUUCCGAACCUUAGAAACCGAUCGAGUAUGUCCCAUUUAGAUCUGUCGGACAAUGCAAUUAAAGGGGAAAUACCAAAUUGGAUAUGGGAACUGGGUGGUGGAACUCUGAAUCAUCUGAAUCUUUCCCACAAUUCCUUAGAUGGUCUAGAAAAGCCUUAUAGAAUCUCAACCAGUCUUUCAAUACUUGACUUGCACUCCAAUCAACUGCAAGGCCAACUUCCCCUGGCACCAGGAGCUAUGUAUGUUCACUUCUCACACAACUUUUUCAGCGGUUCCAUAUCAGAUCUUGGAAAUUACAACCCAUACGCUUUUUUCUUGUCUCUUUCAAAUAAUAGCUUCACUGGGACAAUUCCUGAAUCCAUAUGCAAUGUUCGUGAUAUGUUGGCACUUGAUCUAUCCAAUAAUAAGCUGAGUGGGAAACUUCCGUCCUGUCUAUUCAACAUUACUUGGAUUGAGAAUCCUGGACUUGAAGUACUAAACCUUGGGAAAAACCAAAUCACUGAUUCUUUUCCAUGUCCAUUGAAGAACUUAUCAAGCCUGCGUGUCCUAGUCUUGCGAUCCAAUGGCUUCCAUGGUGACCUUCAUUGUGUUAAUGCCAACCAUAACUGGCUAAAUCUUCAGAUUAUUGAUAUUGCUUCCAAUAAUUUCAGUGGUACACUGUCCCCAAAGUUUUUAUAUUGGAAAAGAAUGAUUGUUGAUGAAGAGACUAAGCAAUCUGGGCGUUUUAUCAGGUUUGACUACUUGGGGCUUACUAAUUACUACCAGAAUACAGUAAUAGUAACCUGGAAAGGGAUGGAGAUGAAAAUGGAGAAAAUUCUCAUAGUGUUCACAUCUGUUGAUUUCUCAAGCAACAAUUUUCAUGGGAUAAUCCCAGACACCAUUGGGGCUCUCACAUCACUUUACGUUCUCAACCUAUCACACAAUGCUCUCACAGGGAAUAUCCCUGAAACAAUUGGAAAUCUGAAAACGGUUGAAUCCUUAGACCUUUCUGCAAACCAGCUAGAUGGAAAGAUACCAGCCCAGCUUGCGAAACUCACCUUUCUUUCAGUCUUGAAUUUAUCAUUCAACGGGCUUUCUGGUAUGAUUCCGACAGGCAAUCAACUUAAUACAUUUGGACCAGAUUCCUACCUAGGAAAUCAAGAUUUGUGUGGUUUCCCUCUCUCCAAAAGUUGCAAACCACCAACAAGUUUCAAUGGCGGAGAAUCUGAGAGAGAAUUGGGUGAUGGCCAAUCUGAGAUCAAAUGGGAAUACGUAACUUCUGCUUUGGGAUUCAUUGUGGGUUUAGGCGCGUACCUUUGGAUGCUUUUGCAUAACAAGAAAUGCAAGAAAAUCUCCAGGACGAGGACGCAGAGUUCGCAGGAACCGAUAACUUAUAACUACUCUAAGCUGCAGCCUGCAGGUAUGAAUGAUGAGAUCGAGAUCAAUGAUUAUGGAGGUGAUAGCUCUCAGUGGUGCAUGUUUGCAUGUUUUCUAUUCUAGUAAGUCUAGUACGUAUAUGUUGUGUUAUCAAUUGGACAAUAUUUAAGUGUAAUCACUUUUGAAGCUAAGGUGUUGGAAAUUGUUGGGGGUGACCCAUUCGUUUUAA